UUUUUGUACCUCUCUCUAGACGAGACCCACUCUCCUCCUUUCAUCAUCUUCAUCAUCUUUCCAACCACCAAAAAAAAACCCUAUUUUCUUUCACCAUCAAUUUAUAAUGGGCGAACCACGACGGGCCAAACGCCCCAAAAUCAGCAGGGGAGCAGAUGAUUAUUUGCCAGGAAAUAUUGUGGAAAUCGAAAUCCACAACUUUAUGACAUUUAAUCAUUUGGUAUGCAAGCCUGGUUCUCGUUUGAACCUUGUUAUUGGGCCAAACGGUUCUGGUAAAAGCUCCCUGGUGUGUGCAAUUGCUCUUGGUCUAGGUGGCGAACCUCAGCUUCUUGGGAGGGCUGCAACUAUAGGUGCAUUUGUUAAGCGUGGAGAGGAGUCUGGUUAUACUAAAAUUACCUUGAGAGGUGACACCCUGGACGAGAAGAUUAUCAUAAUGCGUAAAAUUGAUGCUCGUAACAAGUCUGAUUGGCUAUAUAACGGCAGGCAAGCUUCUAAAAAAGAGGUAGUUGAUAUCAUACAAAAGUUCAAUAUUCAAGUCAACAAUCUGACUCAAUUCUUACCACAAGAUAGGGUUUGUGAAUUUGCCAAACUCUCUCCAGUGAGACUUCUGGAAGAAACAGAGAAGGCUGUAGGUGAUCCCCAACUUCCUGUCUUGCAUCGCGCUCUUGUUGAUACGAGUGCUGAACUGCAGAGAUCUGAACAGGCUGUUGAGAAAAACAGAGAAACUUUAAGUCAGCAAAAGGCACUUAAUGCUGAACUAGAAAGAGAUGUGGAGCGUGUUCGUCAACGAGAUGAACUUCUAACAAAGGCGGAGGCGAUGAAGAAAAAGUUGCCCUGGCUUAAGUAUGAUAUGAAGAAGAGCGAGUAUCUCCAGGCCAAAGAGCAGGAGAAGGAUGCUAAGAAGAAGCUGGAUGAAGCAGCUAAAACAUUAAACGAUAUCAGCCAACCAAUCGAGAAAACAAAGAAAGAAAAAAAAGAAAAUGAUAUCAAAUGUAAAAAAAUUGGAGACAUUUUAGAAAAUGUUGAAAAGUCACGCAAACAAAUGUUGGAGAAAGAAAAUCAACUGGGUGCCAAUGUUAAAGGCAAGUAUAGUGAAAUGGAGGACUUAGAGAGGCAAGAGGCUUCACGGCAGGAGAGAAUUGCAAAAGCUGAAAAAGAUCUAGCAGAUGCUGAGUUGGAACUGCAAAAUCUUCCUCCUUUUGAAUCCCCUAAAGAUAAAAUUGAAAGAUUAGCUGCGGAAAUAUUGGAGCUUGAAGCAUCUGCAAGAGAGAAAAGAUAUCAAAAGAAAGAAAAGGAGAAGCUUAUUGACCGAAAUAGGACAUCAGCAAGGGAAACUGUAGAAAAGUUGAGAGAAAUGGAAAAUAUAAAAAACAAACGCUUACAGGCAUUAAAAAAUUCUGGAGCUGAAAGAAUAUCUGAUGCUUACAGUUGGGUGCAAGCCCAUCGACAUGAAUUUCGGAAAGAGGUGUAUGGUCCUGUGUUGACGGAGGUCAAUAUCUCAAAUCAGCUUCAUGCUGCCUACUUAGAGAGUCAUGUUCCAUAUUACAUGUGGAAGGCUUUUAUCACCCAGGAUUCUGCUGACCGUGAUUAUUUAUUCAAGAACCUUAGGUCAUUUGAUGUUCCAGUUAUAAAUCAUGUGGCUGAUGAAAGUCGCAAUCCAGAACCACUGCAUAUAUCUCAUGAGAUGUCCUCCAUCGGUCUAUAUUCUAGGCUUGACCAAGUUUUUGAUGCUCCAUAUGCAGUCAAAGAGGUCUUGAUUGGGCAAGCUGGUCUAGAACAUUCUUACAUAGGGUCUAAAAAGAGUGAUGAAAAGGCUGACAUGGCCAAUGAUUUUGGAAUAAUGGAUCUUUGGACUCCUGACAAUCAUUAUCGCUGGACUAGAUCUAGAUAUGGUGGUCAGGUUUCAGCAUCUGUGGAAUCAGUGAGUGAUUCCCGGCUUCUUUUAUCCAAUACGGAUGGCGAGGAGUUGAAUAAUAUAAGGGGAAAGAAGGAUGAAUUGGAUAAGACAAUCAAUACUCUAGAAGCAAGUUGUAAGUCCCUACUGGGCGAGAUAAAGGAACUAGAAGAUUCGGCAGCUCAGCUGCAGAAACAACGUGAGAAUCUUGUUAAUGAAGCACACCAUGAAAGAAAAAUUAGGCGUGAUCUUGAACAUCGAGUUAACCAAAAAAGGUUAAAAUUGAGAUCUAUGGGAAGAGAAGAGGACUUGGAUACUGCAAUGUCAAAGCUAGCUGAAGAAGCUGAGAACCUAAAUGUUCAGAGGUUCAAAUGUGUAUCGGAGAUGAAGCAUCUACUCACUCAAGCUACUGCUUACAGAAGAAGUUAUGCUGAAAAGUUCAUGUACUCAGUUGAACUUGAGAUGAAGAUCAAAGAGAUGGAAGCAAGUGUCAAACAACAAGAAAGACUUGCGCUGCAAGCUUCAUUACAUUUUGAAAACUGUAAAAAAGAGACGGAGGACCGUCGGCAACAGUUGGCAUCCGCAAAGAGAAAUGCAGAAUCAGUUGCAGUCAUUACUCCAGCUCUUGAAGAAGAAUUUCUACAGAUGCCUUCUACCAUUGAGGACUUGAAUGCUGCAAUUCAAGAUAUUACAUCUCAAGCCAAUUCUAUUCUCUUUUUGAACAACAACAUUUUGGAGGAAUAUGAACGUCGUCAGAGAAAAAUUGAGGAGCUCACAGCGAAGUUGGAAUUAGACGAGAAAGAAUUGACCAGUUGUUUAGAAGAAUUGAAUAGUUUGAAGGAGAAAUGGCUUCCAACACUUAGAAACCUAGUUACUAAAAUAAAUGAGACAUUCAGCAGGAAUUUUCAAGAAAUGGCUGUUGCAGGAGAAGUUUCAUUGGAUGAACGUGGAAAUGAAUUCGACAGCUAUGGUAUUCUUAUCAAAGUGAAGUUCAGGCAAACCGGACAACUUCAAGUUCUAAGUGCUCACCACCAGUCUGGAGGGGAGCGCUCGGUGUCAACCAUUCUGUAUCUUGUUUCAUUACAAGACUUGACGCACUGCCCGUUUAGGGUUGUCGAUGAGAUAAACCAAGGAAUGGACCCUAUUAAUGAAAGAAAAAUGUUCCAGCAGUUAGUCAGAGCCGCGAGCCAACCUAAUACACCACAGUGUUUCUUGCUUACACCAAAACUGCUAUCCGAUUUAGAAUAUGGCGAGGCCUGUACAAUUCUGACUGUAAUGAAUGGUCCAUGGAUCGACCAACCCUCGGAAGUUUGGAAAUUUGGAGGAAGUUGGGGUUCUGUUAUGGGGUUAAUAGGAGAAAGCCAUUGAUAAGAACCAUCAAGUAAAUGGCUAGAAGAAAUAUAAUCAGUGUACGUAGUGAUUAAUGAUUUUUUUUCUCUCCCUGAUUGGUGAUUGUACAGAUUAGAACAGUAGUGUAGUAAGUAGCCUUGAAACUUUCGAUGCUGAUGUGUCAAGAUUAGCAGUUGCGGGCCUUGUAUUUGUAACUUCUUGACAUAUAAGGUCUGCAAAGGUGCAGUGGGUAAAUUGUAUUUUACUAUUGGAUGUGUUUUUGAAUUUGCUGCACAAAGUAACUGGUAGGGAUUCCGUCAUUGCUUAUGUUCAUUCAAACUAUGCCUACAUGGAUACUUAAAUAUAGUGGUUUCAUUUUCCACCAA